AGCGGUGUGCGCGGGGAGAGCUCUGUGACGCCCAGCGCUCGCGUGUGUUUGCGGCAGCCUCGAGACCAGCAGCGUUCUCUCUCGGCCAGACUUGAAACCUCUCUCUUGAAUGUGGUAUUAUUUUCUGUCGAAGACUUGAUAAGUUCGAAGUAUAUAUCUUCUCAAUAUUGUGUUUGUGAGCAACCCGAGAGUACUCGAAAGGGUUCACUUGUAGUGAGAAAAUGCGAGCCUUUUUUGCUCGGAAAUUUGAGGUGGUGUGAACGAGAGAGGGCUGUGCGAGCGGUUGAAAUGCGCUGAGCCAUUGUGUAGUGUAAACAAGUGGAGUGCAGGUGCUGUGGCCUGAAUACCUACCAGCCGAUGCCACACGGUCGAGCUUGGAUUAACACCGAGGGAAAAAUGCAAUCGAGGAGACAGUGUUGAAGUUUUCACGAGUGACAAGGCGCGGAAUGAUGCGUGGAGUAUGAACAUAGGAAGCUUGGUGUCGGGGGCGACUCCCCCCGGAGGCCCGGGAGGAUGUGGCGUACCUUGGGUGCGGUGGCGAGGCCCCCUGCUGCUGGCGGCCCUGGUGCUGGCGGCCAUCAGCACAGCCGCAGGGGGCGGUGACGCCGAGGGGCGCGACUCGCUGUUCAUCGUGGAGCGCUUCGAGGACGACCGAUGGCAGGAGUUCACGCACCUCACGGUUGACAAGAACACGGGCACCGUGUACGCGGGGGGCGUGAACCGGCUCUACCAGCUGGACCCGAACCUGCGGCGUCUGCAGUACGUGGUGACGGGCCCCGUGAACGACUCCGUGGAGUGCUCGGCCAGCGACUGCAAGGGCGAGACCAUCCAGAACAUGAAGGCCACCAACAACGUCAACAAGGUGCUGGUGAUCGACUACACACGCUCGCGCCUCAUCGUGUGCGGCACCGUGCGGCAGGGCUCGUGCCAGGUGCGCGACCUGCGGGACAUCACGCAGCUGACCCGCAACGUGAGUGAGGCCAUCGUGGCCAACAACGCCACGGCGUCCACCGUGGCCUUCAUCGCCCCCGGGCCGCCCAACCCGCCCGUCACGCACGUGCUCUACAUCGGCGUGACGUACACGGGCAAGUCCGUGUACAGGGACGAAGUGCCGGCCGUCGCCUCGCGCUCGCUCGAGGACAACCGCUUCUUCGACAUCGCCGUGACCGACGUGACGACGAGCACGCGGAUGCUGGUCAACUCGCUGGCGCGUGAGCGAUACCCCAUCACGUACGUGUACGGCUUCGGCUCGGAGAAGUUCAGCUACUUUCUCACGCGGCAGAUGGAGGAUACCGAUGCUGGGUCGCCUUACAUCAGCAAGCUGGUGCGAGUCUGCCAGAACGACUCGGCCUACUACUCGUACACAGAGAUCCCCAUCGAAUGCAAGGACUCGCUGGGCAAGCGCUAUAACCUGGCGCAGGCGGCCUACGUGGGCAAGCCGGGCACCGACCUGGCCACGCAGCUGGGCAUCCAGACCAACGACGACGUCCUCUUCGCCGUGUUCUCCCCUUCUGACCCCAACGAAGGGGAGGGCUCACCCCGGCCCGCCGACAGCAGCGCCCUCUGCGUGUACAGCAUGAAAUCCGUCAGACGCAUGUUUAUCAACAACAUUCAGGAAUGCUUCAGAGGCAAAGGCGACCGAGGACUCAACUUCAUCUCGCCGUCACACCACUGCAUCGAGACGAGCACAAGAGUGCAGCAUAUACGAGGGAUGUAACCAAUGCUUGGGUGCCCGUGAUCCAUAUUGUGGCUGGUGUUCCUUGGAGAACAAAUGUUCCUUGCGUCGAGACUGCCGUGAUGCCACCCAAGAUCCUCAGCACUGGGUGAGCUACAAGACUGGCCGCUGCACCACCAUCACCACAGUCAUGCCAGACAAAUUACAGAGGACCACUGCCAGAACUUUAGCACUGAUGAUUGACAACCUGCCAUCAGUGGAUGGACCACUUCAGUGUGUUUUUAGUGCUAUGGGGAAAGAUCUCACCACAAAGGCCAAGCGUACUGCUCAGGGUGUUUCUUGUACCACUCCCCGGAAUGACAUGCUUCCUGAUAUCCCACAGAAUAAACAUCACUUUACAGCAAAGCUCUGUGUUCGAAAAUCUGAAGGCCCAGAGUUUGUGUGUACAAACUUCACAUUUUUCGACUGCAAUACCUACAGCUCCUGUACUGAAUGUGUAUCAUCUCCCUUUCCUUGUGACUGGUGUGUUGAUGGCCAUCGAUGCACUCACGACUCUGCAGAAAAUUGCAGAAAUGAUGUUCUUGUCAAUGGUGUAAAUCGUGUUGGACCAAGCAUCAGAAGUGGCCCUUCAUUUUGUCCUAGAAUUACUUUUCUAGAGAGCCAAGAAAUUUUGGUUUCAUCAGGCACUGACAAGUCAAUUAAGGUCAAAGUUGACAAUAUAGCUCAAUUCAUCACACAAACAAGGUUUGUGUGUCAAUUCAACAUUGAAGGAAGAGUUACCAGUGUAAAUGCCAACUUGCUGAGUGAUACUAUAUAUUGUGACAGAAUGGAAUUUUCAUACACAACAGCUGCACCAUCAACUAAUGCAACAUUUGCUGUGAUCUGGGGAGGCUCAAAACCCCUUGAUAAUCCUGAUAACAUUCAUGUGCUGGUGUUUCAGUGUCAGCUCAUGGCCAACAACUGUGGCAUGUGCUUAAGUCUUGCGGAGCGCUAUAAAUGUGGCUGGUGUCAGUCAACUAGUCGCUGUGAGGUGGCAGCCCAAUGUGAGGACGGGACGUGGUUGGACAGGGAUCGUACCUGUCCCAAUAUAAAUAUUACCAACUUUUAUCCGCGAAGUGGUCCCUGGGAUGGAGGCACAAAUGUUACUGUAGAAGGUAUUAACUUGGGUAAACAGAUUGAUGACAUCUAUGAUGGAAUAACUGUUGCUGGAAUUAACUGCCAACCAUUUCGUGAUUCAUAUGUCAAAACCAGAAAGGUUACUUGCAUGGUAGACAGCCCAGGGGUGAAUGACUUUAAGGAAGGACCCAUUGUUGUAAAGGUGGCUCGUGAAUACCGUGGUGAAUCCCAAGACAAGUAUCGCUUUGUGAAUCCAGUGAUAACAGACUUAACACCAGAUUCAGGACCAAGAUCAGGAGGAACAGUGCUCCACAUUAUUGGCAAGUACAUGAAUGCUGGCAGCCGCAUUAAAGCCUUCAUUAAUGGACUUCCAUGCAAAAUUCAAAGCACAAAUGCAAGCACAGCAACAUGCAUUACAUCUUCGUAUUCGGACUUGCAAAAGGAAGGUAGUAUUGAAAUGACCUUUGACAAUGGUCGAAGAAAGUUGGAGGGAAAGUACUUCACUUAUGUUGACGAUCCAGAGAUUACCUCCGUCAAAUCUGGCAGAGUGGGACAGGCAGGCGUAAGAAAUGGUCCGAGAGGUAUUCCAUCUGGAGGAAUAAUUAUCACUGUUGACGGCACCAAUUUCAAUGUCAUCCGUAAGCCAAAAAUGUAUGUUAUGUACAAGGACAAGGAAUACACAAGUCCCUGUCAUGUGAAAAAUGCAACAAGAAUGGAAUGCAAGUCACCAGCUAUUGCAGUUGAUAGUAAUGAGAGGAUUGAUGAGGAGAAUGGCAUGAUGCUUGACUAUGGCUUCAUCAUGGAUAAUGUGAAAUCUGUUCGUGAUCUCCAGAAAGGUGGAUUUUCUCCUUUCCUUGUUUUCCCAAAGCCCGAGUACUUUACAUUUGAGGAUGAAGGCCAGAUCAAGAUGUACAAGUCUGAUUACCUCACAAUCAAUGGUAAGAACCUGGACAGGGCUGCACAGGAGAUUGAUGUUGAGGUCCUUAUUGGUGCGGAGUCUUGCAAUGUCACAUCAUUAUCUCGGUCUCAGCUAACAUGCCGGCCACCAAAAGAGCAGCCUGCACCAAUCAAUAACAAUGACCUGCCCUUGGUUGUGGUGAUUGUGGGUGGUAAUCGUACAUACAGAAUUGGAUACUUGAAGUAUGCUAACACAAAGGACUUUGGAACACUCUCCAAACAGCUGAUCAUUAGCCUCUCAGUUGGUGCAGUGGUUCUUAUUCUGAUUUUGGUGAUUUGCCUCAUUGUCUAUCGUCAAAAGAGCAACCAAAACUCACGGGUUCUCAAGAGUAUGCAAGAACAAAUGGAUAUACUGGAACUUAGAGUGGCAGCUGAAUGCAAAGAAGCCUUUGCUGAACUGCAGACUGAGAUGACAGACUUGACUAGUGACCUGACUUGUGGUGGUAUUCCUUUCCUGGAAUACCGUACAUAUGCCAUGAAGAUCCUAUUUCCCAAUCUGGAAGAGACAACUGUACUGCAGAUGGACCGGCCCGACCUUGCAAGGAAAGAAAAAGGUCUAAAGCUCUUUGGCCAACUCAUAAUGAACAAGACAUUCUUGCUACUGUUUAUUCGAACCCUGGAAUCUAACCGAUACUUUUCUAUGAGAGAUAGGGUAAAUGUAGCUUCCCUCAUAAUGGUUGCAUUACAAGGAAAAAUGGAAUACUGUUCUGACAUCCUGAAGACUCUCCUUGCAGAACUGAUUGAAAAGUGUAUUGAAGGAAAGAUCCAUCCUAAACUACUCUUCAGAAGAACGGAAAGUGUAGCUGAAAAGAUGCUUUCAUCCUGGUUCACAUUCCUGCUUUACAAGUUCUUGAAGGAGUGUGCUGGAGAGCCACUCUAUAUGCUGUUCAGAGCCAUCAAGCAACAAGUGGACAAGGGUCCAGUGGAUGCUGUCACUUCAGAAGCAAGAUAUUCUCUGUCUGAAGAGAAACUCAUCCGCCAGAGCAUUGACUACAAGGAAAUGACGGUGUAUGUGUCCAUGUGUAACCUGUACAUGGGAAGUGUAGAUGGACCCAUGGAAGGAGAUGAAACCCCGGUGAAGGUUUUGGAUUGUGAUACUAUCUCUCAGGUGAAGGAAAAGUCUCUAGAUGCCAUAUAUCGCUCAUACCCCUAUUCACAACGUCCACGAAGAGAAGACCUAGAUCUUGAAUGGCGCACAGGAACGUCAGGCCGGCUGAUUCUCUAUGAUGAAGACACAACUACCCGACCAGAAGGCGGGUGGAAGAAACUCAAUACCCUUGGCCAUUACAAUGUGCCUGACCAGGCCCAACUGACUCUCAUACCCAAGCAGUCGUCCAUCUACAUGUUAAUACUCUCUGACAAAUCUGACAAGUCACACCACAAAUAUGACACGCUCAACAGAAGCAAACUGAAUUCCUCCAGUCCACCUCUCUCUCGAGCCACUUCACCCCUUAACCAUGAUAAUGAAGCAGGGGUAAAGGUAGGAGCAAAGGUUUGGCACUUGGUCCGCCAACAAGAGUCAGAACAGCGUGAGGGAGAACGCACAAAUAAGAUGGUGUCAGAAAUCUACCUCACGCGUCUCCUGUCUACAAAGCUCACCCUGCAGAAGUUUGUGGAUGAUCUUUUUGAGACCAUAUUCAGCACUGCUCACCGUGGCUCUGCCCUACCUUUAGCAAUUAAAUAUAUGUUUGACUUCUUGGAUGAUCAGGCACUACAGCAUGGCAUUACAGAUCCAGAGGUGGUACACACAUGGAAGAGCAACAGCCUACCACUUAGGUUCUGGGUUAACCUCAUAAAGAAUCCCAAUUUUGUAUUCGAUAUCCACAAGUCCAAUAUUGUGGAUGCCUGCCUCUCUGUAGUAGCUCAGACAUUCAUGGAUUCAUGUUCCACAUCUGAUCAUAGAUUAGGUAAAGAUUCUCCAAGUUCUAAGCUGCUGUAUGCCAAAGACAUUCCUGUCUAUAAGGAAUGGGUAGAGCGAUAUUAUGCUGAUAUUAAGAUUAUGCAGCCCAUCUCUGACCAGGAUAUGAAUGCCAUGUUGGCAGAAGAGUCAAGGAUGCACAAUUCAGAGUUCAAUAGCCUGGCAGCACUGGCAGAGCUGUAUGGCUAUGCAUUCAAGUAUAGUGACCAAUUAAUGCUGACCUUAGAAGAGGAUGAAUUCUCGACCAAGAACCGAUUGGCUUACCGGCUAGAGCAGGUUCACAGCAUAAUGACCACAGACCAAGACUGACAGGACGCCCCCCCAGACCCACGGGCUGGACCCGAUCAAAGGGUGCCACCUUCAGGGCUUGUGGGUCCCGGUUCCUUCUCUGCAGGCCCAUAUGGAGGGUCACCCCCGCACCAUGUAUAUGAAGGGGUACCAUAUGGCGUGUCCCCACCACAAUCUGCUGUUUAUGAUAGACAGGUGGAAACUAUGUUCACUUACCGUGGACAGGGAGCAGCCAUGGGAGAUGGGGGCCAAUGGGGGGGAGUAGAUGGCAGUGUGUAUGGUCUAUCUGGUGUGCCCCAGCAUGCCAGACACUCACCAGGGGCAUGUGGUAAUGCACAAUUUCCUAACAGAGGGACACCACAAGUGUAUGGAUUUGAAUAUGAAGAGCCUUGAUUCACAUAAGGUUUAGUGGUGGGAGUGUUGUGUUUCUGCUCAAAGUGAGUUACUGUAUGUACAGCUGUG